UUUGAGAGACAAGCUGCUGUUGUUAUCGCUGAAACACAGUAUUUUCCAAGACUACACAAAAACGAUGAGUGCAUCCAAACUUCAGGAAAGCAGCGAGGUGAGAAUCGCACACUCUCUACAUACGAAUGAGGAGGAGUUUGUAGCCAGAAGGAGAGAAACUGUUUUUCAAAGCCUACAGAAACUCAAGAUACACUGCAGUAAGAGUGAAAUGCCAAACAUUGCAUUACUGGGUUCUGGAGGAGGACAAAGAGCCAUGGUGGGUUUGCUGGGAUCUCUGGUUCAGCUUGAUAAAGCGGGUCUUCUGGACUGCAUCCUUUAUCUGAGCGGAGUCUCUGGAUCCACCUGGUGCAUGGCCUCUUUAUACCAAGAACCAGACUGGUCCACCAAACUAGAGACCGUGAAGGACCAAAUCAUCAAGAGACUCAGCGGACCAGGAGUCAGAUGGGGAGACGCAUUUGCCAAACUUAAGAAAUAUUACUAUGAGAAAGAUAUCUUCAGCUUGACAGAUGUCUGGGCAGUGAUGGCUGUCACAGAAUAUGUGAAAGAGGUCUGUAACUAUUCAUACCACAACCCUGCAUGA